AAUAUAUUGAAAAAAAUGAGUGAGGAUUAAAUGGGGAGAACGAUAGCACUGUCUCCUGAAAUCGUCAGCAUCAGAAGAGAGCACACAGUGAAAGCGCCUUGUGAAAUAGUCUAUGCUAUACACAUUCAUUUUGUUUGUUUCUCACCUCUUCCUUCCCCUGUUGGAGCUGGGCCUGCUGCUCUGGUUGGGGCCUGUCAGAUCCAGAACCUUGAGGCACUUCAGUUGCAGUCCUGUCCUGAGGGCGUGAGCGUGGCCUGCAGGACAGAGGAGGCUGCAUCUGCAGUGGGCCCCUGUUGUGCUUCCUUCCCCUCAGGUAGCCUCUCUCCCCUGGGCCACUCCUGGGGUGUGCGUGUUACCCCUUUCCAGUGCUUUUUAUUCCUGUGGGGCUCAUCAAAGUAUUGAAAAUAGCUUUGUAAUUAAAAAAAAAAAAAGUCUCAUCUAUGACAAAGAGCUCAGAAGGGGGGAAGGGCCCAUACUUUUGUACCCUGGGUCAUGGGGUGCCAUGAGGGUCAGCAUAUGGCUAGAGGGAGGUUUGUACUGUGGGGUAAGGGAUGUAGUCAGAGAGGCAUGGGAACUAUGGUUGUGCUGGUUCACUUGCUUCGCUCUUGUGCUUUCCCAAGACACUCAGCUUCAACUCCUUCGUCUUUACUUCCUGUGUCUCCUCCAUCUACUUACUGUCUGCCUCGUUCCCAGCCAGUGGAACAGUGUUUGGAGGGUGAAGUUCUGGGAGAAAAUCUAGGGGAACAGGAGCUACCUGGUUCUUAGGAGACUCUUUUGGGACUCUGACCUUGGGAAUCCAUUGCCCCUCUUCUCUGGGCCAUAGGUUAGUACGCCAGUUUCUUCCUGACCAAGGACCAGAGUCACCUCCAGAUGAAUGAAUUUUCCUGGAAAGAUGUUGCCAAUGUCUUGUCGCUGGCCAACUUGAUCAUGGGGCUCUUCUCCAUCUUCUGCAGCCUCAGCAAGAAAUCCAGCUGUGCUUCCUGGAUGCUUCUGAUCGGCUUCCUAAUGGACAUGGCAGUCAGGACAAUCACCAGACAUUUCAAUAUCUGCUCCAAAUCAGGAGCUGAACUGAAUGACUUCGCUGUCUUCACCACCUUUGGCCUGGCCUCAGCCCUGCUCCUAGGCGUGGAUGGGCCUCUGAAUGGGUUCCUGGCCAUCAUCUAUGUGUUAGCUGCUUCUUUCCGCCUGUGUUUUUAUUCAGCUAGCGGCCUUUCCUUCACAUACAAGGGUCUACCCUGCCCCUAUGCUUCCUGUGUUCUGGCCUCCACCUCCCUUCUGACCAAAGGCAACACGUUCAUUCUCUCCUGCAUGGCCUCACUUAUGAUUCUAUUCAUGAUGGACCAGAGCUACUACCCACAUGAUGAAAUCCUGGAAUCUGAGAAUUGGAAAAAAAUAGUUUAUCUUGGAGGUGUCAUCAUACUGUUUUUUUCUCCAUUCUCAAUAAUUGCUUUUUAUUGCCUGAUGUGGUCUCUCUCCUACAUCUUCUUUCCAGAUGUUCUGUGGGGCAAGACAGAGUGUCUUAGGCAAGAAGCGCAUCUAAGAAACUAAACAGCUCUUCCCACUCCUUCUGGCUUCUGUGUGGUUUGUGCCAGCCUGUUGGGCCUUAUCCUCACUAAAUCUUUCCUUGUUCCUGUGUUGUGCUUGUGGUAGAUACAUGGUGUCUCAAACCAGAACAGCCCAUAGUAGGGCCAGCAGCCUUCCCUUCUUCCCCUUUAUUCAGGGAUCUGAACCCCUUCAGGACAACAGUUGUUCAUGUCGGAUGGAACAGAAUUUUUUCCAAGCUCAUUUUGAGCCAGGUUUGCAUUCCAGCUCUAUAACCAGUUGUGUGACCUUUUGCACUAAGAUUAAUCCCUUGGAAAGGAAACUCAUCAGA